CGCCGGAAGCGGCCCGGAACUUGGCGCGGCGGCGCGGCUGCCGGACCCGGGGCCGGUUCCACCAUGCCGGUCACCGGGAAGAUGUUUCGCCGGCGCCGGGCCGACUCUGAGUCGGAGGAAGAUGAGCAGGAUUCGGAGGAGGUUCGGCUAAAACUGGAAGAGACCCGAGAAGUGCAGAACUUGAGAAAAAGGCCUAAUGGGGUGAGUGCUGCUGCCCUGCUGGUGGGAGAGAAGGUACAAGAAGAGACCACACUAGUGGAUGAUCCCUUUCAGAUGAAGACAGGUGGUAUGGUGGACAUGAAGAAACUGAAGGAAAGGGGGAAAGAUAAAAUCAGUGAAGAGGAGGACCUUCAUCUGGGGACAUCAUUUUCUGCAGAAACCAACCGGAGGGAUGAAGAUGCAGACAUGAUGAAGUACAUUGAGACAGAGCUAAAGAAGAGGAAAGGGAUUGUGGAACACGAGGAACAGAAAAUCAAGCCAAAGAACGCAGAGGACUGUCUAUAUGAACUUCCUGAAAACAUCCGUGUCUCCUCUGCAAAGAAGACUGAGGAGAUGCUUUCCAACCAGAUGCUGAGUGGCAUCCCCGAGGUGGACCUGGGCAUCGAUGCAAAAAUAAAAAAUAUCAUUUCCACGGAGGAUGCCAAAGCUCGCCUGCUGGCAGAGCAGCAGAACAAGAAGAAAGAUAGUGAGACAUCCUUCGUGCCCACGAACAUGGCUGUGAAUUACGUGCAACACAACCGAUUUUAUCAUGAGGAGCUCAAUGCUCCCAUCCGGAGAAACAAAGAGGAGCCCAAAGCCCGGCCAUUGCGAGUGGGUGACACAGAGAAGCCAGAGCCUGAGCGGUCCCCUCCUAACCGCAAACGUCCCGCUAAUGAGAAGGCCACUGAUGACUACCACUAUGAGAAGUUCAAGAAGAUGAACAGGCGGUACUGAGGCGUCGUGGAGGGGGUGGCUAGCACACGCGGCCUAACCCGCCCUGCUGCAGAAGGCCUGGGCUGUCCCUGCUGGGCAGGCUUGGUACCGCUGCUUCCUGCUGGCUUUCAAGCACUGAAUUUGUGACUUUUUGAAACAAAACUGGGUAGUUUUCCUAUUUGGGGGCAAACUGUUCCUAUGAGCAUCAUUAAAUCUUGUUUGUAAAUA